AUGGGAGCAGCUCAAAGUCAAGAAGAUCUAGAGAUCUGUACAUCAGAUGAAGAAGAAUACGAAGAGUACGAAGAACGAAGAGACGAAGCAGAAGAAGAAGACAAGUUCGAGGACUCCAGAGACGAUACGUUCGCUCCAUCUCCCUCCGCUAUCCUUCGUCUCCGUCCUAAACCUCCUUCGUCAUCACUCGACGACGUUGACGCAAAGCUCAAAGCUCUAAAGCUGAAAUACACAUCUCCGUCUACGCAAAACUCACCUCGGCUUUUCCGUUACAUCAACGGCAACACACCGAAAGCGAAAUGGAUCACUGCUGAGAAAUUCACCGAUUACAGCUUCGUGAAAACCUCUCAAGUGAACGAGGACGAAGAAGAAGACGACGAUGAUGAUAAGAAUCGAGAUUCGGAGGAGAAGGAGUGGUGGAUUUUGAAAGUAGGGAAGAGUAAAAUACGUGAGAAGGUAUCCGAUGAGAUGCAAUUGAAAGCGUAUAAAGAUCAACGCCGCGUUGAUUUCGUUUCCAAAGGUGUCUGGGCGUUGAAAUUCGCUACCGUUGAAGAUUUCACUGUUUAUGUAAACAGUUAUAAUAAUUGCUUGUUUGAGAAUAAUCAUGGCGUUGAGUUGAAUGAUGCUAGUAAAGCGAAGAUCUUUGGGAAAGAUUUUAUUGGUUGGGCGAAUCCUGAAGCUGCUGAUGAUUCGAUGUGGGAAGACGCUGAUGAUGUUUUGCUGUCUGCUACUCCGGUGAGAGAUACACAGGAUUUGACUGAGGCUUUUGAGGAAGCUACGAGUGAAGGGAUACAUAGCUUAGCUCUUGGUGCUUUGGAUAAUAGUUUCCUUGUGGGAGAUUCUGGUAUUCAGGUUUUUAAGAACAUGAGGCAAGGGAUUCAAGGGAAAGGUGUUUGUGUUAACUUUGAGGGUGGUGGGUUUGGUAAGGCUCACUCUGCACCGAGGAAGGCUCUUCUCAUGAGAGCUGAGACGAACAUGCUUCUCAUGAGUCCCAUGAGUCAGAACCGAGGGAUUCAUCAGCUUGAUAUCGAGACCGGGAAGGUUAUUUCGGAGUGGAAGUUUGAGAAAGAUGGAGUUGAUAUCUCUAUGAGUGACAUUACUAAUGAUGGUAAAGGUGCUCAAUUGGACCCAUCUGCAUCGACGUUUCUUGGUUUGGAUAACAAUAGGCUUUGUAGGUGGGAUAUGCGUGACAGGUAUGGGAUGGUUCAGGAUCUUGCUACUGCUAAUACCCCUGUCUUGAAUUGGGCUCAGGGGCAUCAGUUUUCUAGAGGGACUAACUUCGAGUGUUUUGCAACGACUGGUGAUGGUUCAAUUGUUGUUGGUUCUCUUGAUGGGAAGAUUAGGCUCUACUCGAGCAACACUAUGAGGCAGGCAAAGACUGCUUUCCCUGGACUUGGUGCGCCUGUAACUCAUGUGGAUGCUACGUACGAUGGGAAAUGGAUUGUUGGUACAACUGAUACGUAUCUGAUUGUUAUAUGUACCCUUUUCACUGACAAGGCUGGUAAAACCAAGACUGGUUUCGAGGGUCGCAUGGGAAAUAAGAUAGCUGCACCAAGGUUGCUAAAGCUAAGACCUCUUGACGCACAUUUAGCUGGAUCUAACAACAAGUUCCGCAAUGCUCAGUUUUCUUGGGUCACGGAGGACGGGAAACAAGAGCGUCAUGUGGUUGCAACUGUUGGCAAAUUCAGUGUGAUAUGGAACUUUCAGCAAGUGAAGAACGGAUCUCAUGAAUGCUACCAUGAUCAGGAAGGGCUGAAGAAAUGCUACUGCUACAAGAUAGUCCUUCGAAAUGAAUCCAUCGUGGACAGCCGCUUCAUGAAUGACAACUUUGCAAUCUCUGGUUCACCUGAAGCGCCUCUGGUCAUUGCAACUCCCAUGAAAGUCAGCUCUUUCAGCUUAUCCAGUAAGCGAUAAAACAAGCAAGUGAUGGACCUCAAGUUUAUGUAAUUCAAAUUCUAGUAUGUUUGUAACCAUGUGAAACUCUUGUUUUCUCGCUCUUAGUACGCCGUUAGAUUCAGACACAAGACAUCCCAAGGAUGUUGCUAAACUACUUUGGUAUGACAUUGACUUUUGAUUUCUAUUUUUUUUCAUUUGAA